GCGGGUUCUUGGAUAUUCCAAAGCGAAGUGUCAGGGCGCAGUGGACUUGUGACCGGAGAGAACAGCGUUCCUGUAGUCAUUACGCGCUGUGCACGUAGUCCCGUCACUGACGAUGAUUAGUAGAUGUAGUUCAGGAAGGAAUAAUUGAUAAACCAUGCACUCGACGUGAACCUUACUCAGCUGUUACAUAGUUAAGUUCCUCAGUCUUUUUUUUCUUUCUUUCUCCAAGCCAGACAUUCUGCAUGGAGAAGCAACUUUAGAGACACAAGCAAAUCAUUUGUGGCAUAUGUUUGUUUGUUUUUAUUAGCUGGAAUUCAAAGCAUAUGUGAUAUGCCGUAGGUCAACUCUGAAUCAGCUAUCUGAUCCGCGAUGGAUCUGCUGGAGGAGGACCUGACAUGCCCGAUAUGCUGCUGUCUCUUCGAGGACCCACGUGUGCUGCCGUGUUCACACAGUUUCUGCAGGAAGUGCCUGGAAGGCAUCCUGGAGGAUAACCGAAGCCCAGUGUGGAGACCUCCGUUCAAAUGUCCGACGUGCCGAAAGGAGACCGUGCACAACGGCAUUUCAAGCCUGCAAGUUAACUAUUCCUUGCGCAGCAUCGUGGAGAAGUACAACAAGAUCCGUGCGAGCCCAAGAAUGUCUCAGUGUCGCGCUCACAACGGGCAACCGCUGAACAUCUUCUGUGCCACAGACCUGAAGCUCAUUUGCGGCUUUUGCGCCACUACAGGAGAACACAAAGGACACAAGUUCUGCGCGUUAGAGGAGGCGUACGAGCGCGAGAAGCUCGCCUUCGAGGAGCUGUUUCGUGCCGUGGAGAGCUGGAAAGGCGCAGAGGUGCUCUCCUGCCUGGAAGCGCUCGAGGGGGCGAAGAAAAAAGCGCUGCAGAUGGCCUCGCGAGACUUGGAUCGGGUCUCUGAGUAUUUCGACAAGCUGCUCCGCGCGCUCGAGCACAAGCGCAGCGAGAUCCUCUCGGACUUUGAAACCCUAAAGCUCGCGGUCAUGCAAACCUUCGACCCGGAGAUCAACCAGCUCCGCUCGGCGCUCGAGGAACAACAGCGCGCACUGCGCCUCGCCGAGUCGGUUCGCUCGCUCUCCGACCCGCUCACCUUCUUGCAGUGCAUGCAGGACUUCCGCGAGAAAGUGCGCGCCAUUCGCGAGACGCCGCUUCCCACGCGCACGGACGUGGACGUUGGCGCGCUAGUGCCAAGCUUCGACGUGCACGAGUGGGACCGUGUGCGUCUGGGAGACGUGGACGCGCUGCGCGCUCCGCACGAGGGCAGCGCACUCCGGUCGCCGGCGGCUCGAAUUGGCCUCUCGCGUCUUUCCCGGAGCCUGUGGAGUUUCGCCUUGCUGGUAUGCGCGUGCCUGUGCGUACCGAACUUUCUCCCCUCAGACUGUUUUGCCGCGAGUCUCACCGCUAAAGCGGUGUCCGCGCUUGCUGGCGUCUCCGUGCCCGCUCCUGCAGAAAUGCUGCGGUGGCUCGCACUUUGCUGGCAGGAGGUGGCGGGAGUGUGCGCGCUCCUCACCGACUUCUGCAGGAACUGCAUUACUGAGCUCAUCGACACCACGUCAGAGUUUAUCAGCUGAUUUUCACCCGGUGGACUUUUCUCAUUUGUCGUCUGAGGCGCACAUCUUUACGCUUAUUACCACAGAAUGUAAUUUAAAUACAAGCCUAAGUAUUUCAGCUGCGUUUUUGUGUGCAUUACUGAAUUUGUAAUUGCGGUGGUUUUUUUGUUGUUGUUGUUUGUUUGUUUGUUUGUUUGUUUUAAACCGCCAUAUGCACAGUCAGCUUGUGUUCUAAUUAAAGUGGACCGUUUGGAAAGAAAUACUAGCUAUUUCAGUUAACUGAGACAUGAUUAUGGAUGGUAGUUUUAGAUUCGGUUAAGGCUCAAACUAAGAUACUGGUUAACAAAUGACUUGCUUGGUUAGAAUUAAGUAGCGCAAUGUGUUUCCAAACCUGUUUCAAAGAAUUAAAACCAGACGUUUCUCUCAAUGAAAGUCACUGGGUUGUAACACGGGGAUCCCCCACAGCCUCCUCCCCACCACACACCGCUCCAGCAGCAUUAGCCCAUAUUAUUUUUAUUUUAUUUUAUUUAUUUAUUAGUGUUGUAUUUUAUAUACAUGUAAAAUAAAAGAAGGAAACUCAAAGUGCAUUGUAGCCAUAGACAGAUGAAGGACACAAUCUAUUUUUCGAUUAAAAAAAAAAAAAACCUGCCUAAAUAGGAUGUACUGCUGUGGUGAGUCGAGAAAAACAUUAAAGCCGAGUUUGGUAUACUUUAUGGGGAUUAUCACUUGUGUGAAAACCAAUUGCUCAAUUUCCUGUAGGUUUGGCUGCCGAUUAUAACACACACGUUGACAAAACGACCACGUUGAUGCAUGUAAUCGUAAGAAUUAAAAUGUUUUUUGUCGUUGUUGUA